AGUGAGUAUAAAGAGCAGCACAUUUUGCAAAGUCAACCAUCAGACAGGACAAGAAGUCAAAGGAGCUGACAAGAGUCACAGAAAGAGUGAAAGGAUUUCACAAGUCAUCCACUCAAAGCCUCCAAAGAUGAAGACCUUCAGUGUUGCAGUUGCAGUGGCCGUCGUGCUCACCUUUGUUUGCCUUCAGGAGAGCUCUGCUGUCCCAGUCACUGAAGAGCAAGAGCUGGAGGAGCCAAUGAGCCUUGAACAUGUGGAGAUGCCAGUGGAAACGUGGAAGAUGCCGUAUAACAACAGACUGAAGCGUCAAAGCGGCCCCGCUGACUGUCGCUUUUGCUGCGGUUGCUGUCCUGACAUGCAGGGAUGUGGUGUCUGCUGCAGGUUCUGAGGAUUCUGCACCAGCCUGGAACUUCCACAACAACAACUGAAGAUUAAUUUAUGAAGCUUUUUUGUCUGAAAGCACUUUUACAACUUUCACUUGUACUUGUGGUUCCAAAUAUCUGAGGAUGUUACUGGA